AUGGCGUCUCAGAUAGAUAUCGCUGCCGUGAGAAGCAAGUUCCCUGCCCUGGGCCAAGACCAGGUCUUCUUCGAUAACGCGGGCGGAAGCCAGACGCUGGGCACAGUCAUUGAGUCCAUCCGCGACUAUCUCACACAAAACAAUGUUCAGCUAGGCGCGUCUUACAAAGUCGGCCAGAAGGCGACGGCCUCCUACAGCGAAGGCUACCAGGCCGGCGCAAAGUAUAUCAACGCAUCUGCCGACGAGAUAGUCUUUGGCGCCUCGACAACCCAGCUCUUCCGCAACCUAUCCCACACCUUCACCUUUGACAAGGGCGACGAAAUCGUCGUAUCAGCAGUCGAUCACGAAGCCAACAUCGCCUCUUGGGUCGACCUCGCCGCCCGCCAAGGACUCGAGCUGAAGUGGUGGAAGCCCACAGACGCAUCCUCAACAACGAACCCAAAGCUGACGACGGAGAACCUGAAGCCCUUGCUCUCGGACAAGACCCGCCUGGUAACCCUCACGCACGCGAGCAACAUCCUAGGCACGAUCCACGACGUCGCCUCCGUAGCCUCCCUUGUCCACGACUCCACACCAAAGGGUCUGGUCUGCGUCGACGGCGUGGCCUACGCCCCGCACCGGCCCAUCGACGUCAAAGCCCUCGGCGUCGACUUUUACGCCUUUUCGUGGUACAAGGUCUACGGCCCGCACACGGCCAUGCUAUACGCCAGCCGCGCCGUGCAGGACGCACAUAUGCGCUCCCUCGGCCACUUCUUCAACCCGAGCGAGUCCCUCGAGGGGAAGCUCGGGCUCGCGGGAGGCAGCUACGAGCUGGUCUCGGCCGUCCCGCGGGUGCUGGAGUACCUGGGCACGCCCGACUCCCAGGGCUGGAAGGGCAAGGUCGAGCAGGAGGGGCAGCUCCAGGCCAUUCUGCUCGAGUAUCUCAACGGCCGGGGCGACGUGACCGUUUACGGCGAGACUGAUGCCGGCACCGACCGGCGCGUUCCGACAAUCAGCUUCAGAGUGCAGGGGUGGGGCACCAAGGAGCUUGUCAAUGCCGUAGAGAACGAGUCCGAGUUUGCCUUCCGAUGGGGCCACUUCUAUUCGUACCGGCUGAUCAAGGAGAUUCUGCAACUCGACCCCGCCGAUGGCAUUAUUCGGGUUAGCAUGGUGCAUUAUAACAGCCUUGAUGAAAUCAAGGGGUUCAUUGCGGCCUUGGAUAAGGCACUGCAACAAAAGACCAAAUAA